AUGCCCCCGAGGAAACGCAAACCGGCGGGAGAUGAGUUCAAGUGCGGCGGAUGCGAGCGUAGCUUCUUCGAUCUCGACGGUUUCAUCCAACAUAAGAAGCAAUGCAAGGACAAUACCGAGGUGGAGGAGCCCGACGAAGAGGAGCAGCCACAAACGAGCUCUCCAGCCGAGCCGCCGAAGAAACGAGGACGUCCCUCGAAGGCGGACCUUGCCGAGAGAGAACGGCGACGAGAGGAAGAACGUAAAACUGCCGAAGCGCAAGGCGGCUGUAGGAAGUGCGAUGGUUGCUCUCGAACAGAAGACUGUCGCCGAUGUGUUCCAUGCCAGCGGAAGACAAGCGGAGGUGCUCAAGAUGAGAUCUGCAUCAUGAGGAAAUGCGAGAUGCUCGUUGAUGACUCCGACGUGUUCAAGGCAAUCGGAGAUCCGAGCCUUGAGGAGAAGCCCGAACCGGGACCUUCUUCGGGGAGUAGACCGCGGAAGCAACGCCAGAGUAAAGCAGCAUGCGCAGUUUUCUUGAAGCGCUUGUCAACUUCAAUGCGCAGCAGCAUGCCUAUGCCCCUCCAGAAUCGGGACGACGAGACCAGCAGGAGAAGUAUACCGAGUAUUCUGCAGCGAAAGAGGAGACCAGCACAGCCCUCGCCGGCGGCAGGUGGAACACAAACUUUGGCGACCCCUCUCAAUCAAUCGACGAUUGCAGCCGUUGUUGAAAGCGGCCAACAGGUCCUCAUAGUCAACAGCGACCAAUUAUCGCUCCUGCAGAACUCCCAGGGCAUUGUCGUUAUGCAGAGUGACCCAAAGACGCUUCAGGUCGAAGUCGUCAGACUCAACGAUGAGAAUGACGUGACCCAGGUGUCAGACGGGGCCGUGUCCGAGAAACAGACAGAUCCUGCUGACGAAGAUGAGGAUGUCGACGACGAUGGCGAUGAGGAGUAUGAACCAGAGCAGCAUUCGAAGUCCUCGGGGAAAUCUUUCGGUCGUUUACGUUCUUCUCCUGAUCGAUCGAUGACUACGAGAGCGACGAGCGCCUCGCGAUUGCAAGACGGCUUGACAGCCGAGCAACGGAAGAUAAUGGCUCGGAAGAAGGGUCGGAAUAGACUCUUCAAUAAUCCGAAGCCGCGCAAGAACCGGAUAUUCGUCGUGGCUGAAGACGGAGUCACGAUCGAGAUCGUCGGAAACGCUUCCACCGAUAGAGCCAAGGCGGUAGAGAAAGCCGACGAGAAAAUGCCUUAUGUUAGAGAGAAGAUGGCUCUCAUGCUUAAUUCCCAAAACCAAUCCCAGGUGAGCAGCUGGACCACCGAUCCUGCGUGACGGGGAAAACGUUUGUUGGUAGAGAUUGAUCAGCGUCUCCUAUCGAUCAUGAGGGACGUAUUCAUUGCAAUCGAUCGCCGAUUUCAGGAUCAGAGUGCUGACGACGAGCAAUCACCGGAUAAAAAUAGCGUCGGCUCUGCAUCGGCAAAGAAGGAUCUAACGAGAUUCGAUGCCUUGAAGAAAAAACCUGAAACAUUUCCAGCGAUUUCAUCAACUCCACCAACAACAGUCAUCACUUUGGAGGACUGCACUGCGGACUUCGUCGAUAUGAACUCGAUGCAAAAACUCCCGAAUCAGGUUCAGCUGAUAGAGAGCGACCUGCCCCUCCGGGAAGCGGAGAACCUCGAAGGUCUCCAGGGAAACUAUCUUUUCAGACAAAUUCAUUCCUCCCAAGAGCCGAUGAGGUGUCUUUUCUGCAGAGAAAAGUUCACAUUCAAAUUUCUCAUCGAUUUGGAGAAGCACUAUCACGUCAUCCACGAGAUCCAAGCUGUUUCCGCCAAGGCCGAAUUCUCCGAUAACGCUGUGUUCAUUUGUUUACCCGACGACGUAACCGAAGAAACGUUGCUGAAAUCUGCUUGCCAGUUCUGCAGUGCCACUCUACGGACGCUCUCCGAAGUUCGCGAGCACUACACCACCAUGCAUGAACGUACAAUCCGUCACGUGUUCGAAGGACAACUCUCCAAUUUGUCGCAGGUCUUCUACUGCUCCAUGUGUAACUUCUCGUCGAGCUGUUUCGAACAGCAUCACGAGCACAUGAAGGCCGUUCAUCAUCGGAUGACGUUCGUGUGCAAGUACUGCAACUACUGCACACCGAGACCGGGACGACUCAAGGCGCACGUGAAACAACGCCAUCUGGACGGGCAACCGGGCCCUCAUCUACAAUGUACAGUCUGCUCGGUCUACGUUCACGGCAAGGAGCGCCUCAUGAAACAUGUGCUUCUAUCUCACGCCGUCCAGACCGGACCUUCACUGUGGUCUUGCGCUAAGUGCUUAGAGCCCACGAGUAGCCACGACGAUCUUCUGCAGCACAUCGCGAAAUGUCCGGACCUUCAGCGCAAGGACAGCAAGAAGUCUCCGAGCGGUCUGAUGUUCAAAUGCUUCCAUUGUGAGCAAGUUUUCUCGGAGAAAGAAGAAGUAGAGAAGCACAUGAUGGAUGGCAAAUGCCUCCAGGAGUACGCGGAAAACGACGCCGAGGGACUGGACGAGUCCGCAACUGUCUGUUUCCUCUGUAACAUGACCCUCAAGAGUUCCGACCACGCGAACCAGCAUCUCCAUCACGUUCACAUGAAAUGGGUCAAAAGGACAGUACGCCCGGCGGACGAAGUUCCCGAAGUCACGACGCAGAUCUGUCCGCUCAACGAUACCACAGAAAUUAUCAUGGAUCCGAGCGCUAUGCUGGAGCGUAGCGAAGUGCCAUCAGACAGCCGCUUGAACUCGCUGGGUUUCCCAAACAAAGUCGGUCACUAUUGUCAUUUGUGUGACGUUGUCAUCAAGAACUAUACACUGUUUUAUCUCCAUAUGCACAAUCUCCAUGGCAUGCAGAAGCGCUUUAUCUGCGUUGUGACGUCGUGUUCGAACACAUUCGAAGACACCGCUGCAUUCCAAGCUCAUUGCAAAAUCCACAACCAAAGAGGGGAACACUUCUGCGCCAUGUGUGACAUGGUGUUCGAUUCGGCUGAAGAUCUCCAGGAACACUUCGUGAGCGCCCAGCAUGCCACCCAGCACAUGAAAAUACAGGACAAACACAACCGGACCGAGCCCCGGAAUUACCGCUGCCGUGUCUGUCAUACCUGGCACGGUUUGUUAUCUACAUUCGUUCGUCACAUGGAAACCGAAAGCCAUCAGUAUCAGUGCCAGCAUUGUGGGCAGCUCUUUGUUCAGCCCGCUCCGAGGAGAAAUCAUAUCCAGAACGCGCAUCCGGAGAUGGCCAAUAUCUGCGAGAUCUGCGGGGCGAAAGCGUCAUCAGCCCAAGCUCUUUGGUCUCAUCUGUCACAGCAUAGUGUCGUUCACGAAUGCAACAAAUGUCACCGAAGGUUCUUACAGAAUGAGCAAUUGGUCGCUCAUAUGGAACUCCACGCUCCCCCAACGCCGUGUCCAUGGACGAAUUGUAACCGUCGCUUGAGCACCAAGGUUGGUCUCUAUAACCACCUACGACUCCAUCGCGGCGAAUGUGACUAUAAAUGUCCUGUUUGUGAGCGGGGAUUCUUCAAGAAGAAAUCCCUCGACAUCCACAUGAAGAGUCACGAGUCAGGAAACAGCCAGACUUCGGGUGGCGGCGUUUCGUUACUGAGCUCGCGAAGCUUCCUCAAGCACCGUCAAGGAGCCGGAGGAGGGCCGCUGGAAGUCCGUCUGAUUUGUUCAGGUUGCUUGAAAGGAUUCGAUCACGAAGCUGACUUCGAAAAUCAUGAGUGCAGUUCUUCGGAUCAAGUCAUCGUGGACGCCAACGGCCAGCCUAUUCAGCAGAUCCAAUCGGGACAUUCCGCUUCCAGUGAGGACGACACUAUCUACAUGACAGAUGAAGGCUCUCCGGUCCUAGGCCAAGAAGGCGUCGUGUCGAUAAAAAGAGAUUUGAGCCGCGGGGUUGCUGUCAUCUCCAUGCGCGGAGGAAACACGCACUUCAGUCUUGAGGUCGAAGGCGGUAAAGACGGAAUCAACGAGAUCGAUGAGAACAUUGCCAUUCAAUUACUUCGGGCUGCGAGUGGAGAUGACGUUACGCACCUGCAGGUAGAAGACAAUGGGAGAACAACGCAGUACAAGAUCCUUGGGUACCAGGAACAGACUUUGGAUGAUGCAGAUCUCAUGCAUCUCCUCGGUCCCGAUGCCUCCCUCUGA